AUGGUGCGAUCGGGCUCCCCGGGCCGCUCCCGCUCCCGUGCGCCCGGGCCCCCACGGCCUCCGCCGCCGCCCCGCGCACCCCGCCGCCUACCGCGACCGCGGCCCCGACCGCCCCCCGUCGCCGGAUCACGGCCGAUCACGGCCCCAGCCUCGGCCUCGCCCGGGGGCGCGAAGGCGAAGGCGGGCGGGGCGAAAGGGUCCCGCCGCUGGAGCCCGCCGCCACCCGGGCCCGGCGCCACAUCCACGCGCCCCGCGCCGCGCCCGCCGCCGCCGCCCGGGCCCCCCGCGCGCCCCCCGCGCGCCCCCCGGGCUCUAGGCGCGGGGCAUGCCCCGGCGCGCGCCGCCAACGCCAACGCCAACGCUCGCGGGCCCGGGGCUCGCGGGGGGCGCGCGGGCAGGUGCCGGCGCCGCGAGGCGCGAAUCGCCGCGGCGGCCGAGGCCGAAGGGCCCGGGAGGAGCGGGGGCGCGGGCGCGGGGCCCGCCGGGCCGUCCUCGCGCGGCGCGCCGCCGCUGCCCCGCUCCUCCCACCGCGCGGCGCCCGCUCGGCUCGUCCCGGCGGUGCUGGCCGGCCGCGUCGCGCCCGCCGCCGGCCCCUGGCCGCCUGCCCGCCCGCGCGGCCGCCCGCCGGCUCCCGGCCGCCCGCCGGCCCGCGCGCGCGGCUCCCGGGGCGGCGGAGGCGCCUCUGGCCCGCGGCCUCAGAGCGCGGCGGCGGCGCGGGGCUCGGCGCACUCGGCGCACAUCUUUCGGGCGGCUCGCUCCGCCAGAGUGCGGGCCAGGAAUGUGACCAGCUCCGGGCCGGCUCUUCCAAGAACGCGCGCUCCCCCUCCCGGACUCGGAGGCGCUCGGCUACGCCCGGCUCGUACUCGGCCAAGCUCGGCUCCGUCCGUCCACAGCUCGACGCUGCUCGGGUCCCCCGGGCCGGAGCUCGGCCCCACUCGGCCCCGCUCGGCCCUACUCGGUCCCCCUCGGCCCCGCCUUGUGAAGGCCGCUGGAGGCGGCCACAGCGGAGGCGCCUGGGGCCCCCCUUCCGGCCGAGGCCGCUUCCUGCGCGGCUGGGAAGUCUCCGGUCCUGCUGCCACCAAGGUCUUGGGGCCCCGAAACCCACAAGGCCCCUGCCACAACCGCAGGCCAGCUGAGUAG